AUGGGCCUCACGGAAUACCGAAAGGUCGAGCUACCGUGUGCCAAGGACGUGUUUGUGCAACUCCAAGACCAGCCCUGCCGUCGUGUCUGCAGCCGAAAUGAAAUGUACCCCAAACAUUUCUCCUCUUCUGCCCAUCAAUGCCAGAACACGUCGGUGUCUGGCCUCCCGCGUUGUCAGUCCAUCGUGCACGGGUUGCAUGGUCCGGGUCGCGCCGUUCAGGUCGCUACUUCUACAGCAUUUCGGGCCAGGCUGCCUCCAGCAUCAACAAGUACAGCCGAACUGGACCCACUCUUGCCCGUUCGAUGCAGGUCGGUCGCAACCACAAUAAGUUGCUGGCCCAAUUGGCUUCGUCGCGCUGCCAUGCCCACCGACUACUUGUCCUCACUGUUCACACGAGGCUGCUGGGCUGCCUCUAGACCCCACCAGACCGACUCGGCACAUCUGCCCGUGGCAUGUAUUCGUCAGGACGCCUUUUGGUUUUAA